CUUCAGUUUCAGAGAUCUGGAAUAUGGCGGCUGCAUCUACCCUGCAAAUUCUCUUCAAACCAUAUAAAUCAUCAAGAAACCCUUACCAUAACCCUAGAAGAAAUUACAGCAGGUUUAUGUGCUCCGUUGCUUCUCAAUCUACUCCAAAGUCUUACAAGAUCACUCUUAUUCCGGGUGAUGGGAUUGGUCCCGAGGUUAUCUCUGUAGCAAAGGAAACCCUACAGCUAGUCGCCUCUCAAGAAGGAAUCCAACUUCAGUUCCAUGAAGUGCUUCUUGGGGGAGCAGCAUUAGAUUCAACUGGCGUUCCUCUGCCAGAUGAAACUUUAUCUGCUGCUAGACAGUCAGAUGCUGUGCUUCUUGGAGCAAUUGGCGGGUACAAAUGGGACAAGAAUGAGAAACACUUGAAGCCAGAGACAGGGUUGCUUGAGCUACGUGCUGGUCUGGGAGUGUUUGCCAAUUUACGCCCUGCUACUGUUUUACCACAAUUAGCUGAUUCUUCAACACUUAAAAAGGAGAUUGCUGAAGCAGUUGACAUAAUGGUUGUAAGAGAACUCACUGGAGGAAUUUAUUUUGGAAAGCCAAGGGGUUUUGGAACAAAUGACAAUGGUGAAGAAAUAGGCUUCAACACAGAGGUGUAUUCUUCUUCUGAGGUUGAUCGUAUUGCUCGGGUUGCAUUUGAGAUUGCUAGAAAACGCCGAGGGAAGCUUUGUUCUGUGGACAAGGCUAAUGUGCUGGAGGCAUCAAUGUUUUGGAGGAAAAGGGUGACAAAGAUUGCCUCGGAUUAUCCAGAUGUUGAGCUUUCUCACAUGUAUGCGGACAACGCUGCAAUGCAACUUAUACGUGAUCCUAAGCAGUUUGAUACAAUUGUAACAAACAACGUCUUUGGUGACAUUUUGUCUGAUGAAGCUUCAAUGCUUACUGGAAGUAUUGGCAUGCUGCCUUCUGCUAGUAUUGGUGAAUCGGGACCUGGACUGUUUGAACCCAUUCAUGGUUCUGCUCCAGAUAUUGCAGGACAGGACAAGGCAAAUCCAUUAGCGACUGUGUUAAGUGCUGCAAUGCUUUUGAGAUAUGGACUAGGGCAAGAGCAGGCUGCCCAAAGAAUUGAGACAGCUGUGCUUGAAACCCUAAACAAAGGGUUUCGAACAGGGGACUUAUUUUCUACAGGAAAGACAUUGGUAGGGUGCAAGAGGAUGGGGGAGGAAGUACUGAGGGUGUUGGAUUCUGAAAAACCCACUGCUGUUGUAGCCUGAAAGUAACCGAGUUUUCAGACUUGGGGAUCAUUUUUCUAUGGCAAAUGGGUCUCUCUCUCUCUCUCCAAAAGUUGAGCCAUAAUUUGGCCAGUUACAACUAUGGUGCUGUAAAGUUGAAGUUCUCCAUGGAGUGUCCUGAAGAAGCAGGGGACUCGAAGUGAAGCAGAAGAAAGCAUGCGGUUAGGGUUUAUUUGAUGCUGUCUCUCUCUCUCUCUCUCUCUCUCUAUAUAUAUAUAUAUAUAUAUAUCUCAAUCGCUUUCUCCUCCUGUUCUUGAAGAUUGUGAGAGUAGUGUAAUUUAAUGAAGUGUAUGUUCUUUCAGACCUGGAUAAUUUUAAGUUUUGUUGGGGUGCAAUAAAUUUGAGUAGUUUGAAUGGUGGUCUAGUAGUUGUUUUUCUUUUGUUAUUUCAAUGGAUUUAGAGCAUUUACUUUU